AUGGCAGUUUCUUCAAUUUCGGUUUUGGUGCUUGGAAUUGUUGCCGGUGCAGCGCUAUUUUACUUGUGGUCACCAACUGGGAAAUACAGGAAGAGGCCCCUCAAACUGCCCAUCAUCGGUGACAUCCACAGCUCACCGAUCGAGAGGCCACUCCUGCGAUGGGAUGAUUGGGUGAAAGAGAAUGGGGCUAUCGCAACGUCGAAACUGUUCGGUAUAGUGCCAGUUGUUGUUAUCAAUACAGCCGAGGCAGCUACAGAGCUACUGGGCAGGAGGGGUGCUUGGUAUAGCAAUCGUCCAAGGUCCGUGGGCAUGGAGAUGAUUACAGGCGCUGGGCCAGGAAAGUCACGGUUCACGCUGAUGCACGACAUGGAUGCGCAUUUGAAACUUCAUCAUCGCAUCUUGUCUCCGUCGCUCGGUGGUAUCGCUGCUCCGCACUAUCAGCCGGUCAUGGAACUCGAAGCCAAGCAGCUCGUCAAGCACCUUGUCGAAAUAAGCGAACAAAAAUCAUUGGUUAUUGCCAGCGACGACAUCUUCCCUUUGCUUGAGCGCGCACAAGCGAUUAUCAUUCUCGCCUUGCACUAUGGCGUUCGGGUACCCACCCUCGAUGAUCCACUGUAUAAACGGGUCCGUGAGACGCAGGCUAAGGUCACCUCGUAUGCGUCGAAGCCUGGCCUACCCGAUAUCUUCCCGUUCCUUGCCAAUCUCCCAGCGAUAAUUUCACCAUGGCGCAAAGCUGCAGAUGAGUUAUUCAACAAGCAGAAAGACCUCAACCUGCACUUGUUAAGCCUUGGUGAUGAUAAUCCCGGAUGGAACGCAACAAAACAAAGCCGCUCCCUUGCAGCGAAAUACACCAAGGAGCCAAUUUCCGACACUGAUCUCGCUUUCACGCUUGCGACGAGUGUUCAAGGUGGUAUAGAGACUAGCACUCGUACAAUACUCUGGUUGUUCAUCGCUGCAACAACGGGCAACAAAAGGUUUAUGAAGAGAGCGCAUGACCUACUGGAUGCUGUUGUUGGACGGGAUCGAUUCCCUCGCUUCUCGGACAGAUCCUCCCUCUGUUACAUUGAUGCCAUCAUAUCUGAACUUCUGCGUUGGCGACCUAUUUCCCCCGGAGGUGUGCCUCGUCGGGCAGACAAACAAGACUACUUUAAUGGUAUCAGAAUCGUCAAGAAUGCAAUGGUCUUGACGAAUGCAUGGUCUAUCGGUCGUGACGAAGCUGUGUUUGACCAGUCACUUGGCGGCCUAGACGAAUUCAUUCCCGAAAGAUGGGUGGAUGGUGAAAGCAUGGACACAGACAUUAAGAACCAAGGAGAACUAAGGACCUCACUCCCGCUGCCAGUAUUCGGUCACGGUCGGCGAAGCUGUCUUGGAAAACGUGUUGCCGUAGAUGGUACCUUUGCCCAGGUCGCGACGAUGAUCUGGGCGUUUGACUUCGAGCGUGCUGAAGAGGUACAUGAGAUGGAGAUGAAGGUUGUCUGGUUUAUGACGGAGCCCAAGCCGUUCAAGUUCAAGCUGAAGCCGAGGGGUCCAUGGGUAUUAAAGGUCAUCGAGGAGGAGUGGAGGACUGCCGAUAAAGAGCUUAGCAACAUCAUGGGCAACAUAAGCGAUAUUGAGAGCUGA